AUGACGGACACUGAGCCAAAUAAUGAAAACAUCACUGCAGAUCCACCUACUACAGGUAAACAAUCAGUUACAUUACGCCUGUUGUUAUACAAAUUCUGCGUAGCUCCGGUAAGAGGAAACAUCAAACAAUUUGCGCUGCAAAUGCCGUAUUCAAUUUUAUUUGACAAUUUGAUUGCAGUGUUGUGGUCAAUGUACAACAAAGAAACACAAAUGCGAUGUGGYAUUAAUCAAAUUCAAUGGGCGUUAGAGUUUUUGAGAUGUUUAAAGGUGGAUUAUAGUUACCCAGAAAGCAUUGGUAAAAUUGUAAAAACGCUUGAAAAAAAUAUGAUAGAACUUUACUCUAAAAUUAAUGAAAUACAGUAUAAAAAAAAAAUGCAAGAAUCAAGCGUUGAACUUUUAGAUUUUAAAACCGAUAUAAAACCUGAUCAAAAAAUGAUAGAUGAACAUUCCUUAUAUUUUAACGAAAAAGAUAUUCAGAAAAAAUUAGUAGAUAUUGAAAUACGAAUGGAUCGAGUAACUAAUCAGCCAAGAUACAUCAAAGAAUUAAACGAAUUGGGUAAGAGAAAACCAAAAGUCGAAGACUGCAAAGAUGACAAUAAAUCUCCACAAACAUUUGUGAUAGGAGCGUUAAAAAAAAUAUUGAAAAAAUCUACAGAGGCAGAUACUAUAACAGAUGUCGAAAAAUUAAUUAAAGAACUAAACAUUCAGAAUAAAAUUCCUUCUGCAGCAGGAGAUAAGACACCUUCUACAGGAUAA